AUGCGGCCUUUAGGACUACCGGCCACCAUCACCUUAACCGUGACUGUGUUGGUGGCGAACUACUCGCUGUGGGUCUACGUCUACAAGAACCGCAGCAAGUUAACGUCGGUACCUCAGCUCAUCCAAGAGGAACAACUGCAAGAGAGGGUCGGCAGCGAGCCCCAAGUCGCUACGAACACAGCUACCGCAACAAUUACUAAUGCAAAAACUACGAGAAAUACAGCAACCACGACAAAAAGACCAACGAGAAAUAAUACCUGGACGCCUUUCUACCACCGCACAAGCUCCGAUGGAAAGCGAGAUCUCCCAAGAAUUCUGUUCUGGACAGCUAUUUACGGUCAAUGGUAUUCGGGCCUCUCGGAGGAAGGAGUGGCGGAGCUCGAGUACAAAGAGUGUCCCGAUCGCUGCUACAUCGCCAAUGACCGGCACAUGCUUAGCUUCAGCGAUGCCGUUGUCUUCUACGGCCGGGACAUCGACCCCGAACACAUGCCCGAAGAGAGGGCCCCUUUUCAAAAGUGGGUCUACUGGUCCCUCGAACCUCCGUGGCACACUCCUGUGGCCUUGCUGAAGGGUCUCAACAAUACUAUCAACUGGACUAUGACUUACAGACACGACUCGGACGUCCUAAACAACUAUGCCACGAUCACAAAAGUAAUGCCAACUGAACAACCAUACUCAGAGCAGUCACUCAAGGACCUCUGGAAGGGAAAGUCCAAGACGGCCGUGUGGGUUGCCAGCAGCUGCAAGACGUCCGGAACGCGAGAGCACUACGUAGAAGAGUUGCGUAAGCACCUCUACAUCGACGUGUACGGCAAAUGCGGCGAAAACGUAUGCCCUCAGGAAAUGGCACACAGCUGCUACCAGAUGUUUGCCAGAAACUAUUUUUUCUAUCUAUCUUUUGAGAACUGCAUCUGCAAGGACUACGUCACCGAGAAACUAUUCAAGCCCCUGUUGUACGACAUCAUCCCUGUCGUGUAUGGCGGAGCAAACUACAGCCACGAUGCGCCGCCUGGAUCCUACAUCGACGCCCUCAGCUUCGAGUCGCCGAUGCACUUGGCACGCCACCUUAAGAAAGUUGCCAGGGACUACAACUUGUACAAGAGCUACUUCGAGUGGAAAGGCAAGUACGAAAUUGAGCCUUUAAGUGGCUACAACUACUGCAACUUGUGCCGGAAGCUGCACAGCGAAGACUUCAAAGAGACUUCUGUAGUGCCGGACAUCUACCACUGGUGGAACACGACGUCGCACUGUCGGGUUUGGAACCGGGACUCUUCGAAGCUCGAGUACUAA